UGGUUCUUUUUCAUUUUUUUGUUCCAAAUUUCCCCUUCCCCUCCCCACUUCCUUCGCUCCCCGUUGACUGUUGACUGUGAACUGUGAACUGUGACUAGUGUUGUGAGCUGACGACUUUUGCGCGCGCGAGACAAACCGAACAUGAGCGAGGGCUUUGAGGUGCUUCGCUACGUUCGCGCCAUCUACUCGUACACUGCGACCAAGGACGACGAGCUCGACCUGGAUGAAGGUCAAGUCGUCGGGAUUUACGGCGAAGGCGACGACGGCUGGUGCUGUGGCUAUGCUGGUGACCGCGCAGGUUACUUUCCUGCGAAUUAUGCCGAAGACAUUACACCAGAGGAAGCUGCAGCGGCACUGACGGACGACUUUGGCCAUGACGGUGGGGCGCACGAGACGGCAGACUCGCUGGACAUUUACUCGUCGCCUGCAGCAACCUCCAAGCAGGUCGCCUCUGUCAAGGCCUGGCGAGGUCGCGCCAAUUCUGAAACCGAAUACGUCAACCCCAACUCAUUUCGAGCAGACGGAGGAGCCGCCGGUGGUGGUGGUGCUGCAGGUGGUGACGACGACGGCGAGCACCAUUACGGAAAUUACUCGGUGCAGCCGCAACGAGGCGGACGCGACGGCGACGGCGACGACUUUGACGACGAGAGAUGGAGCGAGGACGAAGACAACGAUGGCGAGGCAUCGACGGCGAGCUUCCAGUCUGGAACGUCCAACGACUCGACCUCGAUCAAGCGCGGCUUUUCGGUGCGACUCUUUGGCAAGAAGGAUUCCAGCGCCAGCCUUUCUUCCGACUCGGACAAAUCCGACAAGGCUGCCGAAAAGGCAGAACGCGAGCGGCAAAAGCUGCGCGAAAAGGAAGAGAAGAACGAGCGACAACGGCUGGAGAAGGAGGAGCGCGCAGAAAAGCAGCGUCUUGACAAGGAGGCCAAGAAGGAGCGCGAGUUGGCCGAAAAGGAGGCCAAGGAGCGCGAAAAAGAAGCAAAGGAGCGCGAGAAGGAGGACCGUCGGCUCGAGCGCGAGCGUGAGCGUGAGGAGAAGCGCCGCGAGAAGGAAGCAGCAGCCCCCGCUCUCUCCAAACCCACCAGCACGAGCAGCAUCUUCUCCAAUCGCUUUAGCAAAAACUCAAACACCUCUUUCGACGCGUCGCCAGCUGCUUACAGCGACCAGACCGGCCAGGAUGAUUACUACAAUGAUGAGUUUGCUGAAGAAGCAGAAUACUACGAGGACGAAGUUUGGAGCGACGAUGACACUGCCGAUGUGGAAGGCGUCGUCUUUACCGGCGAAGCCGAUGGCUCCGAAGAAGCUGCCGAUGAAGCGUACGAUUCAUGGGCCAAUCGCAUGCGCAGACCGUCGAUCGUUUCCAACAGCGCCGCAGCCGCAGCCGCAGCAGCCUCCGCAUCCAGCACAAAGAAAGGAGGUAGCGCAUCUUCGACCAGCGAUCGACCACCUGACAGUCCUACGAUUGUGUUUAUGCACACACCCGUCUCCACGUCUCGUUCAUGGAAGGACGCCGUGACCGAAGCAGAGCUUGCGGAACUGAGCAAGCAGCAAAUUCAACGGCAAGAGACAAUUUUCGAGACAAUCAAGACGGAGGGCGACUAUGUCAAUGAUCUUAAAGUGCUCCAAUCCGUGUACAUUGCGCCAAUGCGGAAAAAGAAGCUGCUGUCCGUCAAGAAUUUGGCUGUGCUCUUUUCGAACGUGGAGCAGUUGCUUCCCAUCAACGAAGAGCUCCUUGGGCAACUCGUGGCGCUUCAACAAAAAGCGUUCUACAUUGAAGAAGUGGGUCAAAUCUUCCUGACCAUUGCCGACUUUUUCAAAGUUUACACGCUGUACUGCGCCAACUAUGAGCACGCCAUUGUCAUUCUUGAAAAGGAGCUCAAGAGCAAGUCCUUCAAAACCUUUGUCGACAACGCUUCCGCACUCGAAGAGUGCAAAGGACAGAACAUUUCCAGCUUCCUGAUCAAGCCUGUCCAACGAAUUUGCAAAUAUCCCCUUUUGCUACGCGAAAUUCUCAAGCACACCGAGCCUUCGCAUAAGGACUACAGCAAGGUUCAGGCGGCUCUGGCCAAAAUCGAGACGGUCGUCACGGUCGUGAAUGAGGCUGGGCGUGCGGCCAGCAACUCGGCGAAAAUGCUCGAUCUGCAGCAGCGCAUCAAGACCAAGGAUGGCGAGUCGUUGGAACUUGUGGCUCCCUCUCGUCGUCUGCUUCGGCAAGCCUUGUUCAGCGAGAUUGGUCCCGAUCGCAAGUCGGAGGAGCGCGAAAUUUUCUUGUUUAACGACUUUUUGCUCAUCACCAAGCCAUCGAAAGUCAAGAACACGUUGAUUGCCCAAAUUCACUUUGAUGCAUGCAUGGUCAACGAUACUUUGGAUGAGCAAUCCGAGGCGCUCGCGAACGGAUUUGAGAUCAUCCAUGCUGGACAUGGAAAAUACCUUGUGGUUGCCCCAAACUACACCGAGCGACAAAAGUGGGUGGACGAUUUGGUUGGUCUCACCAGCGACUACCUCAUCAAGAUGCAACAGGAAUGGGCAGCGCAGCAGGUUCCGCAAGACGACGAACCAGAGUCGCCUGCACGCGAAGCUGUCGACUACUCUCGUGGCUAUGGCAGUGCCGACAUUGCGCGCUCCAAGAGGCAGCAGCAACUCGAUGAAGGCGGUGGCGAGAGCGAGUACGCCAACUCACCAGCGCGCGGGUCAUCGAAGCGCAGCACCAUCAUUCGUCGCAUGUUGCGCAAGUCGGACGACGGUGGCGGCGAGCCCCAAAGUCCGACCAGCGGCAGCAGCGAAGAAGUGUACUAUGGCAACGCCGGCUUCCUCAAGCGGCAGAAUUCCAAACCCGUCGCCGUGGACGAUGCUGAAGACCAGGCUCGCCGCGAAGAGAAGGAGCGGCUCAAGCGCGAAAAGGCCGAGCAGAAGGCAGCGGCCAAAGAGCAGAAAGCGAAGGAGAAAGAGGCACGCGCGCAAGAAAAGAAGGAGCGCAAGGAGCGCGAGGAGCGCGAGAGGCAAGAGCGCGAGGAAGCUGAAGCUGCAGCUGCCGCAGCCGCCGAAAGCGCAUCGACCUCGCCAGCGCCUUCACGUGCCGUUCCGAAGCUUCGUAGCAUGUCAACAACAUCCGAGUCGAACGAAAAUGCGAGUGGAGGCGAGGAAUCCUCGUCUGACCGGCCGGCAGCACCCCGCCGCGCCCCGCCGGCACGCCGUCCUCCACCGAACAAGGCUCCUCCCAAGCCAACAGCUGCCGCAUCCAGUGACGAAGAGUCGAGUUCGAGCAGCUCCAGCAGCGAGAGCGAACCUGAGCCCGAGCCGGCUGCCGAAGCAGCCAAGGACGAGAACGACAACCGCCCGCGAUCUGGAAGCGGAAGUGGAUUGAAGCGCGUUUUCACCAAGAAGACUCCAAAGCCUGCGGCUGAGCGUCUCGAGCUUCCUGCAGCCUACAAGCGCGCUGAGGAGCGUCGCAUCAAUCUGCCUGUGCGAGUUAUCAAGCAGGAGCUUCAAGGAAGCAGCUAUCUCUUUACCAUUCGCAUCAAGAACGAUGGCUUGGAAGGUCCUAUCAAAUUCGUCAAGCGAAAGUUUGGCGACUUUUACCAAUUGCACAUGGAUCUCAUCACGACCUUCCCCGCAGAAGGCGGCGUGUCUGACGAGAGCUCGCGCAUCAUCCCCGAGCUUCCAGCCCAGGCUGUCAUCAUUACGGACGACGUUGCUGCUGCGCGCGUGUCAGAGCUUGACUUGUACUGCCAACGCCUGUACACCUUGCCGGACAAGAUUAGCAAGAGCGACAUUGCCCAAAAGUUCUUGGUGGACGAGGUCAAGCAGCGUCGCAUCGAGCGACCCAACAACAUGGCGCUUGCUCAACGGCGUAUGCAGGAGCGACGGCCUCCAGGCUCCCGCCCCGUUGGCGACGUUAACAAGAUUUACGCCACCUCGGCAGAGGCCACGGGCAAGGAAAAUGACGGAGCUGCCCCGGCCGACGGUGCCAAACCAGCCGAGGCUGCCAAAGAGGGCGGCGCGGUUCUGGUCACCAAAUCCACUGGCUGGGUUCCUCAGAAGAAAGUCACCGUCAACCCCAACAUUACCAAUCCCGCAAUGGCAGCUUCUCAAGGCCGCGUGAAGCCCCAGCGAGGGCCCCCGCCCGCAUUGACGCAGCGCACUCAGUUUGGCGCUGGUCCCGCGCUGGCGCCAAGCCAACAGGCCCAGGUCGAUCUGCUUCUUCAGCGAGCUGGCAUGACCCCCAGCGCUGGAAAUCGUGCUGCUCCAGCUGGCCGGAAGGUUGGCCCGGCGACAGCAGCGCUUUUGGGCUCAAAACUCAAACAGCCCGAGCCUGCACCGCCAGCAGCAGCAGCAGCAGCAGGCGCAGCAGUGACGCCUGAUGCUACACCUGCUGCAGCGAGCGCUGCCAGCCCUGCGGCGGCUGAGGGUACUCCGGCGACUCCUGCUGCCGCGCCAGAGGCAAACGUCAUGCUCACGAAUGUUCCUGCGCGCCCGAGCAUUCCUGUGAGUCGAUCUCGCCUCAAGAAAGAACCCGAGGCUGGCUCUGCCACUUCACCCGCCAUCUCUUCUGGCACGUCUUCCGCCACCUCUUCUGCCGGAUCCAGCCCUGCACCGGGUGUCUCUCAAACUCCAAUUUACAGCGCUGCUCGACCCCCUCCAGCCACUCGCCCUGCUGGUCCACUGGUUGCUCGACCUCCUCCGACAGCUUCUCAAAAUGUGUUGGGCCGAGCUCGUGCCGCGGCAGCCGCCAUGAGUGCUGCGCCCGCCCAAUCUGGCGCCACGCCGCCUUCCGCUCACAUCCCUUCCUCUGCCAGUCCAGCGACGAGUGCCAGUCCUGUGCCCUUCGGUCGUCCACCACCUCCGACUGGCGAGUACCGCUCGCUUGCCUCGGCUCGAGCAGGCGCAACCCCCGCUGCCGCUGCCGCUGCACCACCGCCUGCUGCUGCAACCCCUGUAGCGAAAGCGGUUGCAAACGAAGCUGCGCAAUCCGACGCCAAGACCAGCGCUAUCAUUGCAUUAUUGAAGAACGACAAUGUCCAAGAAACCUCAUUCUCUUCGUUGCCCCCUUCUGCAAUGGAUCAUUCGAAGGACAACCCGGCGGGACCAUCCACGAAUGCUGCUGGCUCGGCUUCUCCAUCCACGGCGCGCGCAUCCUUGCCGACCGCGGCAGCCAGCAGCAUCUACGCUUCCUCUCCGCCGACCAACCGGUCCUCUCUCUCAAACGCGGUUCCAGGAGGGCCUUCCGUCACGUCCAGUGGCGGCAUUUACGCCGCACCGAAAAAGGAUGGUCCGAUCUACGAAAAGCCGCGUCCCACCAUCUCUGGGCCCGUGGCGGUCAGUUUGCCAGCAUCUGUUGCCAGCAACACUACUGGCAGCUCCAGUCAAUAUGCGCCUGCUGGUAGCCGAAUCGGAGGGGCUGCUGCAUCGACCCCGUCGACAGCCUCUCCUGCCGUAGCGUCGAUCGCGUCGACGCUCGGCGCACGCACAUCAUCCACCCCAUCAUCAAUGGGAACGUCGCCUGCCGCCUCAAUCGCCGCGGGACUCAAACCCGCGAAUGCAUCCGCUGGGCAGUACGCGGCGCCUUCAUCGUCUAAUGCGUCUGCUGGUCAGUACGCACCUAUCAAAAAGCCCACUUCCGUGCCUCCGCCGCGACCCAAUGCAGCUCCGGCACCGGCACCUGCACCUGCACCUGCACCUGCGCCGGCACCCGCUCCCACGCCUGCCGCAGCUGCAGCGCCCGGUCGGCCAACGCCAUAUGCCGGAGGAGCCGCGUCGCGCUUUGGCGCUGGCGCCACCUACGCGGCUUCGAAUGUCAAAGCUGGUCCGCCACCUGGCGGAUUCCGUGCACCAGCUCCCCCGCCCGGAACGGUCGCUGCCGCUGCGCCUGCUGCGCCUGCGGCUGCCCCGGCUCCAGCACCUGCAGCGCAGUCUGCAUAUGCCGCAUCACCUGCCGAGGACGCGAACGCUAUUCGCGUCAAGGUGCAGCGCAUGGACAACAAUCAAAUGUUUGCAUUCAAGGUAUCGCCCUCCUGGACGUACACCAAGCUGUACGACUCCUUGAGUGGCAAAAUUGCGCCGCCCGAAGGCAAGAAGAUGGAGAUUAGUUACAAGGAUGAAGAUGGCGAUGUUGUCACCAUCCUCGAAGACGAUGAUUUCCAGAUGGCCAUGGAGCAAACUGGAGCCAAGCUUUUGCUCUUUGUUCAUCUCAAGUGAUUCGCUGUGGCUGGCCAAGCUGUCUUUUCCACUCCAUUUUCAUUGCGUUCUGUGUCGUGUUGUUGUUGUACGUUUGUUUGUGGUCAUUUUCAGGAAUUACUUAUCAAUUCAUUUUUCGCGCGA